AUGACAACCCAUUCUCGCGACUCUACUUCAACAUUACGCGCCAACAUUGCCUUGGGUCCACCACCUUCACCACCACCACACACCGAACCCGUUUACUUUGUUUCUCCAAUGACGCAAGACAACAGCGAAUGCUCAGCAUCGCCACUUUCUGCACCAACACCACCAUGGCAACAGUAUCCAAUGGCAUACAAUACAUCCAAUCCCCCUAUCAGACAACCGAGUACGAGCAGCAAUCGAUAUCCUCCAACACUUGGGAUCAAUAUCGGGCAGCAUACUACUUCUACUCCUCGAUCCAGUCGCAUAAUGUCAGCCAAUGUAUACCCCGCUUUUCUAUCACAUGUGGCGUUUGAGCUGCGGCAACGUGUGAUCCUCGGUCCUCGAUUGAAAAAUGGUAUUGAAUAUCAAAAUGCAUUCGAUGGUCAGGAAGCUGUGGAUAAGCUUUUGAUCAUCCUUGGUACCACCAAUCGACAUUUAGCUGUACGAGUAGGCCGAGCAUUAGGUCAACAACGUUCCUUUCACGAUGUCAUUUACGAACGACAAUUGGUGGAUUCAUCUUCAGAAAUAUAUCAAUUUGACGAGCGAUUGCUUAUACCAACAGGCCAAGAUAGUGGAUCACCUGGAAGCAUGACUCUCGAUGAUAGCGAUAAUGAUGACGAUAAUGAUGAUACGUACACAGAUCAACACAUUCCUCCUCCUUCAGCUGCUACAGAACACUUUUACGAUUCUUUAUUCGGUCAACGUUUCGAUAUUCGGCAGAGCUUUACAUUGAUCGAUGAAUUCCCUUGUGGCGUCUUUACAGAACUUACUCAUUGCUAUUCACCUACAUGUUUGCUGGAUGAUCGACCGUGUUACAGCCUUUCAUGUCCAAAGAUAUCAGCUUACGAGAGGCAGAAAAGACAUCUUCGUGAACAAAGCAUCGACACCAGUGCAGAAGAUCGAUCAUCAUUUUCAACGGGAUCAUUGCAUCAUGAUUAUUAUCGGCAGCAUGAGCUAUGGUCCAAUACGGUGCCUCAACAAGUGCGAGAUACGAUUUCUGAGGUGGAAUGGAAACGCCAAGAGGGUAUCUUUGAACUCAUUUUCACUGAAGACAACUUUGUACGAUCCAUCGAUUAUCUCAAUGAGAUGUGGAUCGAGCCCAUUUCUCAAUCGGAUAUCAUCAUCCCUAAUGCACAAUGGCGUGAAACCUUUCUAAAGAGUGUCUUUGCCAACAUCAUGACCAUACGCAAUAUCCAUCUUCAGCUCUUAUCAGCACUACAAGCCCGUCAACGAGAACAUCCCAUUGUGUCCAUGAUCGGUGAUGUCAUGCUUGAACAUGUGUACAACAUGGAGCCGCUCAUUCAAUAUGGAGCCAGUCGCUAUCAAGCCAAAUUUGCUCUUGAACACGAGAGAAUGAUCAAUCGGCCAUUUGCUGCUUUUGCCAAACGAACAGAAGCACAUCCAUCAUCGCGUCGAUUACAACUCAAUGCCUUCUUAUCAAGUCCAACGACUCGUGCUGGUCGAUACAAUUUGCUGUUGGAAGUCAUCCUAAAGCGCACACCAACCAAUCAUCCCGAUCGUGAAGCUAUACCAAAGGUGAUGGAGAUCAUUAAAGGGAUUUUGGAUCGAAUGAAUCAUACGGCUGGUGAAACCAAGAACAAGUUUGAUCUACGGCGUAUGAAUGCCAACCUUCGAUUCAAAAAUCAAUCUGAUCAAAUCGAUUUGCACUUAUUGGACCCAAAACGAAGAAUCAUCAAGGAGGAUCGAUUGCAGAAAUCACCUAGCCGAGGUUCAACAGAAUACCAAGUGAUACUUUUCGACCACUAUUUGGUAAUCACUCGUGUUCGACUCGAAGGUGCCAGCCUAUAUUAUGUGGUACAACGUCCGCCGAUCCCGGUCGAAUGGCUCAUGGUGACAGCUGAAGCACAGGCCAACGCAUCUUUGAUUGGCACCAACAACAAUCGACCAAGCUUUCCGAUCACGUUUCAUUACCUUGGCAGAAAAGGGAAUGGAGGUCCUAUCACCUUGUAUUGCAAAUCAGAACCCGCACGCAAACCAUGGCUAGACAAGAUUCAUCAGAUGCAAGCUGAGCGAGAAAGGAGAGCCGUGUUCAAGAUAAUACCAGCCAUCAAGCCACGAACCAUGUCCAACAUGUACAAGGCACAUCAUUUGGUCACAUUCAAUGGCGGACAACAAUAUGUGCUUGCUACGGAUAAUGGCGUCUAUGUUGGUCACACUGAGGAAUCAAGCGUCCCAAGCCAAAUUCUUGAUAUACAACAUGUGACCCAGGUCCACGUGUUGGAAGGUGCCCAAAAACUCUUGGUGCUAGCUGACAGGACAUUAUGGGAAUACGCAUUGCACGUGGUGAACAAUACCAAGCCCAGGAAUGAUGAGAGGAGGGAAAUGAUUGAAACAAGCGUUCCUUUCUUUCAUGUUGGCAUCUGCUUACAACGCACAACCAUUUGUGUCCCUCGCAAAAACAGGCUCAACACCAACAUCACUCUCUUUGAACAGCUGACUUGGGAGGAUCAGAUCAAAAAGCUCAAAAAGGCACGCCGACACAUUCCACCCAAACCACACCCAUUAGAUUUACAUAUGAGGAAGCUUGAAAGGAAAGAAUACUCCAUUCCUGGCGAUGUAUGGGAUAUUGAAUUGACCAACUCGAAAAUGUUGAUGAGCACAUCACGUGGUGUCAUUAUUCUGAAUAUGGCUCAGGAUGAAAGACCUGGACACCUUUUGAAUCAUGAGGAUCCUCUGUUGCAUUUCAUUAUACAUCGAGAAAGUGAAGACCAUUUUCGAUCCGUACAAAAACGCAUCGUCUUGUUUCGUACGCCCGAUGCAGAGCAUAUUGUGUGCUAUGAUGAAUAUGCAUUCUUCAUUGAUGGAAAUGGGAAUCGGCAACGACCCGAGUUUAUUAUUGAGUGGGAAGGUUCACCCGAAGCAUAUGCAUUUAGUUACCCAUACUUGCUUGCCUUUGAGCCUAAUUUCAUUGAGAUUUGCGAUAUUGUAACGGGAGAGCGUGUGCAAAUUAUACGUGGUUCAAGCAUCAAGUGCCUUGUUGAUCAUAACAUCUACCGGUCCAAGAUACCCAUUGUAUUCGGAGCCAUGAAUGACGCCUCGGAGGACAACUACUUGAACAUCUUUCGACUAGAACGCGCUAUUUCCCCUUCAUCAUCAUCUUGA